AUGUCUUGCUUUAUUUUGCCUGAUGGUCUUUGUGCAAAUAUUGAUAGCAUGAUUUCUAGAUUUUAUUGGGGAAGCGAUGUGACCAAGAGGGGUCUUAAUUGGUGCAAGUGGAGCAAGCUUUGUAGGCACAAGAGUGUUGGUGGCCUUGGAUUCAGGAACUUAAAGAAUUUUGACAUGGCUCUAGUUGCUAAAAAUUGGUGGAAAGUCUACACUUGCCCGAAUUCUCUCUUAAGAAGGGUCUUUAAGGCUGUGUAUUUUCAUGCUAGUGACCUAUAUGGUGCAAAAAAAGGAUAUCGUCCUAGCUAUGCGUGGACUAGUAUUUGGAAAACGAGGUGGGUCUUUCAAAGAGGGGGGGGGUUAUGGAGGAUUGGCAAUGGUGAAAGAGUUGAUGUUUGGGUGGUGAGGUGGAUUCCAAGAGGUGCUCCUGUUAUUUAUCGCGAAGACUUGGCAGCGGAGCUGAAUAUUCGUCGUGUGGCGGGCUUGAUGUCGAACGGGCAAUGGAACAGUCCUCUUAUCGAAGCCAUGUUUUGCCUAGGUACAACGAAAGCUAUUUUAGCUAUUCCCUUGUCUUUGGGUCUUGGUCAGGACAUUCUUUUCUGGCCAUAG